CUUUAGGGUUUCAGUGCACCCUGGUUCGUUUCUUUCUCAUCUCAUUUCUCCCAAAUUUUCUCUCCAAAUUAUUCGAUCCAAUUAAAUUCCAAAUUUUAUUUUAAUAUAAUAAUUAUUAUUUGUCGAUGUGAGAAUGCCCGCAACGGAUUAUCAAGGAAGUUCGGCACCGUUGACGAAUAUCGGCCGUUCGUUGUUAUCCCUGAGGAGGGAUCAGGUACACGCGAUGGAAACCCAGAACGACGGAUCUGCCUCGCACGAGCUGGAGCUCGAGUCGUUUCAAAGACAAGUAGCUGACCGAUUCCACGAUUUAUCGUCUGUUCCUUCCGAUGAAUUGCUGUCUCUUCCUUGGGUUCGGAAACUGCUCGACGUUUUCCUUUGUUGUCAAGAGGAGUUUCGAGUCAUCCUUUUUAACAACAAAGCUCAAGUGAUGAAACCGCCCAUGGACCGUUUGAUUGCCGAUUAUUACGAGCGUACUGUUAAGGCGCUUGAUGUUUGUAAUGCGAUUCGCGACGGAAUUGAACAGAUCAGGCAAUGGCAGAAGCUUCUAGAAAUCGUGCUUUGUGCUUUGGGUGAUAGUAAUGUUAAUAGUAAUACGAGUAGCAAUGGUAAUAAUAAUAAUUGUUAUCAGAGAAUCCUAGGAGAAGGGCAAUUUCGUCGCGCCAAAAAGGCGUUGAUAGAUUUAGCAAUUGGGAUGCUUGACGAGAAAGAUUCUGGGCAAGCUUUGGCUCAUCGGAAUCGUUCCUUUGGAAGAAACAACAAUAGCGGCAGUCACUCGAAGGAUCAUCACCAUCGUUCUUUGGGGCAUUUCAGGUCUUUGUCUUGGAGCGUUUCGAGGUCUUGGUCUGCUGCCAGGCAGCUUCAGGCAAUUGGGAAUAACUUGGCUGCGCCGCGAGGGAAUGAGGUUGUGGCUACCAAUGGACUUGCAAUCCCUGUUUACACAAUGGGUUGUGUUUUGUUGUUUGUAAUGUGGGCUUUGGUGGCUGCUAUUCCUUGCCAGGAUCGUGGUUUGCAAGUUCAUUUUUAUGUUCCCAGGCAGUUUUCGUGGGCAGCUCCAAUUCUUUCGUUGCACGAGAGGAUCAUGGAGGAGUCCAAGAAGAGGGACAGGAAAAAUGCUUGCGGGUUGUUAAGGGAGAUUUAUCAGAUGGAGAAGUGUUCGCGGUUGUUGGGGGAAUUGGCUGAUUCUGUGCAGUUUCCGUUGAGUGAGGAGAAGGAAGGGGAGGUCAGGCAGAGAGUGAAGGAAUUGGGCCAGGUUUGUGACGCAAUGAAGGAAGGUUUAGAGCCGCUGGAGAGGCAGGUUAGGGAGGUGUUUCACAGGAUUGUUCGUAGCCGAACUGAAGGGCUUGACUCUUUAGAAGACACAAUCCUGAGUAAAAAGUCUGUUCUGGGGCUGGGCUGAUUUUAAUUGUAAGUGUCAAAUGUGAAGCUUGCAACUGUGUUAUGAUUUGUCUUUGGGGGAACUUGAGUAUCAUGAAGAAGAGAAGAGAUGAUGAAGAUGGAGAAGAAAUGAAGAAGGAUUUGAGGCAUACGCCGCAAAAAUAAAAAAAGGGUAAGGAGGAAAAACAAAAGAGAUUUUUCUUGUAUUUAUCACCAUAUAACAGUGUAAAGAAAGUAGGAUAUGGAGUCGGCCCGUUGGUCCCGGUGCUGAUGUCCAGCUUUGUGUUGUUAUUGUAUAAUCAAAUUUCUGAGUAAAUUUGCAUCUUGGUUCUGUAGCUGAUUUUAUGUUCAAAAUUUUGUCUACUUGUCAAUGAUAUAUACUUUUUGUGCUUC